UCUUUCCUUCUUCUUUCCGCCUCCUGUCGAGAGAGUCUUAAUACGAUACCCGAAGAUACUAACAAAUAAACAAACACACAAACAAACAACGCACGCACGCAUGUAUGAUGUCUUCUCCUUCCUAGCAGCUACCUUACCUUACCUUACCUUACCACAGACCAACCAUCAUGUAUAUGUUCUGGAUGUCUAUCUGUCUGCAAGCAUAUUGUCUGUCUGUCUGUCUACUUAAUUUCUUUGAUACCAUCUACGCAUACGAAAUAGAGUCGAACAAUAAUGCAUUAUUAACCUACUCUCGCCACCGACCGGUCGACUUAUUUAUCUUAUCAGUGAGUCUCAUCUCACUACUUAAGUCUGCCUUAAGUCUGCGGAAUGCGGAAUCCUUAGGUAGUACGGUCCUGGGGUUGGUAACCAUACCAUACCGUACCAUAUCCUACAGCAAGAUGAAAAAAGAGACAAGAGAGACAGGCCAGGCAGGAGGAAGGGGGGGGGAUGGCGGGAAAGGGAGAGAGAGAGAAAGAGUCCAAUCUAAUUGUGUAUCCGUGUUAUCAUUUGUCAUGGGAUCGCUGGGAAUUGAAAGAAAUACAAGAAAGACGAUCGAUCGAAGCAUCCUCCGUUUCCUCGAUGAAACCAGGCAGCCGUACGGGGAGAGUAGAUCAAGAUGAAGAAGAAAGAAGAAGAAGAAGAAGAAGAAGAAGAAGACUAAGUAGUAAGGUAAGGGUAGCUAGAGGAGAACGCGCUAACAUGACAUUUAGGUAGGUAGGAAAUGGGGGGAGGAAACCAGAGCGAGGAGAGCAAAGAAGACUGUUGCUGUGUAGAGUUCAAGCAAUGUAGGCGAUUUCGUCUCC